UUGCGUCACUGCCUGCGAGACUGAACGAAGCGUCAUCCUUCCAGCGGCGGCGGCGCUUCCUCCGCGUCCACAUUCAUUCACCCCAACGACUCGGGAAUUUAGUUUAAAUUUGAAUGCAACAUCGCUAAACAAUGCAGAGAAGAGGAGCUGCUCUGCGUUUCUACCCCUGCCUUUUACUCGCCGUCGGCUGGCUGCUGUGCGGGGCUGCUGCUGACGGUUUGGUGAAUGAAGAGGUGAAGCGCACCGUGGACCUCAGCACGCACCUCGCUAAGAUCUCCACGGAGAUCCUGCUGGCGAACCAGGGCGGCUCACCUGUUCAGAGCUUCACUCUGGCUUUGGAGCCGGAGCUCGGGCCUCACCUGGCUUACAUCGGGGCCUCUGUGAAAGGUGAAGAAGAGGAGGAUGAAUCUCUGGAGUUGAAGGAGACUGCCGUCCAUGGUCGGAGUGGAACGUUCUUCCAGGUGCAGCUGCCCUCUGCUCUUGCAGCAGGCGGAAAGCUGCGCGUUAAGGUUGAGACGAUGCUGACCCACGUGCUACGCCCAUUCCCCACUCACAUCACCCAAGCUGAGAGGCAGCUGGUGGUUUUCCAGGGGAACCAUUACCUGUACUCACCUUACCCCACCCGCAGCCAGAGCACCCGUGUGCGCCUGGCCUCCAAAACCGUGGAGAGUUACACCAAGCUGGGCAACCCCAGCAAAAAUGAUGAAGUGAUUGAGUAUGGUCCAUUCAAGGAUGUAGCUCCCUUCAGCCAGGACACUAUGAAGAUCCACUAUGAGAACAACACCCCCUUCCUCACAAUUAGCAGCAUCACUCGCACCAUUGAGGUUUCUCACUGGGGCAACAUCGCUGUGGAGGAGACCAUCGACCUGAGACACACUGGGGCUUACCUGAAGGGGCCUUUCUCCCGCUACGAUUACCAGAGGCAGUCCGACAGCGGCAUCUCAUCUGUCAAGUCCUUCAAGACUAUCCUCCCUGCCUCUGCCCAGGAUGUCUACUAUCGUGAUGAGAUCGGCAACAUCUCCACCUCUCACCUGCAGGUUCUGGAAGAUUCCGUUGAGGUUGAAGUCCGUCCGCGCUUUCCCCUAUUUGGAGGCUGGAAGACCCACUACAUCAUUGGCUACAAUCUGCCCAGCUACGAGUAUCUCUAUACCUUAGGUGAUCAGUAUGCACUGAAAAUGCGACUCAUUGAUCACGUUUAUGAUGACCAAGUUAUUGACCACAUGACUGUGAAAGUGAUUCUUCCAGAGGGAGCCAGGAAUGUCCAUUUGGACACUCCAUACACCAUCGACCGUAGCCCUGACCAACUGCACUACACCUACCUGGACACAUUCGGCAGGCCUGUGCUGGUGGCCACCAAGAAUAACCUGGUGGAGCAGCACAUUCAGGACAUGGUGGUUCACUACACCUUCAACAAGAUUCUGAUGCUGCAAGAGCCUUUGCUGGUGGUUGGAGCUUUCUACAUCCUGUUCUUUACUGUCAUCAUUUAUGUGCGCCUCGACUUCUCCAUCACCAAGGACCCGGCCGCAGAGGUGCGGAUGAAGGUGGCCUCAAUCACAGAGCAGGUCCUGACCCUGGUCAAUAAGAGGCUGGGACUGUACAGGCAAAUGGAUGAAGUGGUGAACCGCUACAAGCAGUCCCGUGACACUGGAGCCCUCAACAGCGGCCGCAAGACUCUAGAGGCUGAACAUCGCACUCUCACCAACGACAUCGCAGCCCUGCAGGCCCGGCUCAAAGCUGAGGGCUCCGAUCUGGCCGAGAAGGUGGGGGAGAUCCAGAAGCUAGAUGGCCAGGUGAAGGAGCUGGUCAACCAGUCCUGUCAGGAAUCGGAGCGGCUGGUGGCUGGGAAGGUGAAGAAGGAGACUUACAUCACAUCGGAGAAAACGCUGGCUAGCAAGAGGCAGGAGCUCAUUUCACGCAUUGACAGCCUCCUCGAUGCUCUGUAAAACGCACCACUCAUACACUUAUAUGCUGACCAUUAGUCAGGCCAACUACAACUAUGACCUGACCCCUUUCACACACGCACUGGCACACACUCGGUGUUGAGUCUUCUUGCACAUUUAAGUGAGCACACUCAGCCACCUUGAAGUGUGUGCGCUGUGCCCCCUUCAACCUCUAGCCUGUGUGAGAGGGCUUCUCAGAGUGUGCUAGAGAUACCCAAUUUGUCAUACAUUGAGAUUUACUUUUGAUUUUUGGUUUUCUGAUUGCAAGGCAGCAGGCUUCAGUCUUUCAGGAUUUGUUAGCAUUUCAUGCCCAGCUCCCUUGUUCUCCGUUUUUCAUGUGUGGGGUUUAGAGUGUGGGUAAGGGCAGGUUAAUGUGUUUCGCAGACAUUGUCACCUAUACCAACGUUCUUUGCCUUUUUGUCUGUGUCCUUGGCACUUAGUUUAUGGGGGAAAAAUUCUAUACCCUGCCCUGAAACAAAUGCAGAAAUACUGAAUCUCUGAAGAUGCAAGAUGGUCUGUCACCAUCAUCAAAAUUUCUCCCCCACAUUUUCUGUUGGAUUGUUUUUCUUACAUUUUUGUAUGAUUUUCACUUUUUGUAAAUGAUAUGCUGUCAGUACCAUGAGAUUGUGUGUGGGGGCAGAGGGAAAUGGAAAAUGUUGACAACCUCCUCCAGUAUCAGAAGUUCAAAACUGAUAUUAAACGCGGUGUUAUAAA